AUGGCGACCUCCGAUAAAUAUGAUCGGCAGCUGCGGCUUUGGGGUGCACAUGGCCAACGGGCAUUGAUGGAUGCAAAGGUUUGCAUGCUUGGCUCCUCCGCCAUUGCCACGGAAGCUCUCAAGAACUUGGUGCUGCCAGGCAUAGGCCAGUUCACCAUUGUGGAUUCUGCAAAGGUGGAGGCUGCAGACCUUGGGCACAACUUCUUCUUGGAGGAAUCUGAUCUGGGCAAGCUCCGUUCAGAGGCAGCCUGCAAGUGGCUUCUUGAGAUGAACCCCGACGUACAGGGGGCUCAUAUUGAUCAAGAUUCGGCGAAGGCUGUGGGUCAAGGAAAGGAGUUCUUCCGGCAUUUCUCAAUUGUCAUCGCGUGCCAGUUGACAGAGACUCUGGCAAGUCAGCUCGGCAGGCUCUGUGAGGAGCUUCAGAUCCCACUGAUUCUCGUCACCUCGUUGGGCUUCGUAGGCAAGAUUCGCUUGUUCGUAGCCGAGCACUCCGUUUGCGAGACCAAGCCCGACUCGGAGUUUGGCGAUCUGCGUCUCACAGACCCGUUUCCAGAACUGAGGAGGUUUGCAGACUCCAUUGACUUUGCCAGCUUAAACGACACGGAGCACGCCCACGUGCCUUAUGUCGUGAUCCUGAUCCGUGCACUCGACUCUUGGAGGAAACGAUCCGAGGGGAGGACGCUGCCCAAAACAUCUGCUGAGAAAGACGAGUUCAAAGACAUUGUGUCGAAGAUGCGGCGCAGUCCACAAGAGGCCAACUUCGAUGAGGCCCUAGCGAAUGCGUACAAGGCAUGGAUGCCCUAUGUGAUCCCAGACGCCGUGCAGCAGGUUCUUUCGCGCGUCGCGAGUGCCUCGAAGAGCGACUUCUGGAUUGUGGCCCGAGCAGUGUCGCAAUUUGUGCGCGACUGUGGGAAGCUGCCCCUUGCUGGUACCCUGCCAGACAUGACUGCCAGCACGGACAUGUUCAUCAAACUGCAGGAAAUCUACUCCAGCCGCGCUGAUGGGGAUUUUGCCGCCAUCACCGCGCAUGUUGCUACGAUUCAAAAGGAGCUUGGUGUAGAUGGGUCGACUCCUGGUGAGUUUGUGAAGCGCUUCUGUCAGAAUGCCUUGAACUGCGAGGUUUUUCGUUUUCGGUCAUUGGAAGAAGAGUUUCGACCGCCAAGUGUAGAAGAAGGUGGCGUCGACUUGGACGAAGAGCUGCAGGAUGACGACUCCCUGGUUGCAUGGUAUAUUGCACUGCGAGCAGCAGACAGAUUUAGAGAGGAUCAGAACCACUGGCCUGGCGAAUUGUGUGGCGAUGGAGCCAGCGACCUGGCUGGCGAUAUGGCCACGCUGACAGGCCUGGCUACGAAAGUCCUCUCGAGCUACAAGGCCUCAGUCUCCGUAGACUCCGUGACCAAGAUGGUUGAGGAGGUGGUACGAUAUGGCGGCUGUGAGCUGCAUACCACGUCUUCGGUGCUGGGUGGAAUCGUCUCGCAGGAGGUGGUCAAGCUGGUGACAAAGCAAUAUUCGCCUCUUUGCAACACCCUCCUCUUUGAUGGGCUGCAGGGCAAGAUGCAGGUCGUAGAGAUGUGA